UCGAGAAGUGAGUCCCAGGGGCAAACGUGCUGGUAGUUAUUCCGGACAUGUUAGUUCUUCUUGAUAAGAUAACAGCUGAGAAGCUGAACUCGAGUGGUGGAGAGGUGGAGGUGGAGGUAGGUCGGGUCGUUUGACGGUGACCGAAGCGGGGUACAUUCCGACCCCAACUCCACCUCGAUGGGUAUAUAUGGAUCCCUUCGGAACUCUCGUUUCGGGCGGGAUCGCUGUUUCUCCUUGUCUGUGCUACCCGGAGUUCGAAGGACGACACCCUGCGUGUCUGUUGAUGGCCGUUCUUUCGUCUUGGGACCCUCUCGCCCUCGCUCCCGCCCUUUGCGAUACAGGACGAUCGUGGCAUGCGCUCGACUGUGAGCCGUGCAAGCGAUAUCAAAUCACGCCCCCUCAACGAUACAACUCAACCUCGUUGCCCCGUUGUUUCAGUGCGGCACUCCGAGCGGCCCCUCCCCCACUCAAACACGCUCUGCAGCAGGAAAUGCUGCGCGGCAACGGAAACACAUGUCUGUCUUGAACGCCGGGUGGUUUUUCGUCUUCGCAUGCGGGGCAAUCGGGCUGUACGUUUUGACGUUUGCCCAGAAUAUGCGCGGCAUCGGGCGACAAGGACAAGCUGGGGAACGCCGUGCUGGACGUCCUGCCUAGUCCGAGGCGCUCAUCCUGUCUCUCGACUAGAGAUAAACUUGGCAUCGCCGGGUUUUUCGUAUGUUUACGGGCCCCGUUGUGUCGACUGUCCGCGCCGCACCGAGGGGGAUAACGAUCCGCACCACCACAUGUCGGACGUUCAUGUUUCGAGGAUUUUCCGACGAUGUCAUCGACGUGGACAUCCUGCGAAACAACAACGCCAUGUGUUUGGUCGGCUGUGCCUAGUCCCGCCUUCGGACCGAACCAGAAUACUCGUAGAUGGUGCAGUCAGGCGAGUCGGAAAACGACAACAUACCCUGUCUGAACACUGCCGUUGAUGACCCCUAAGCCUCGGCAUCGCUGAACGACCACGAUGGACGGAAACGGUGACGGGGACGCGGCCCAGCUUGACGACAGGGUCACUUAGAGACCAGGCGCAGCACUUCUCAAUGGAAGAGUUCUGAUUUGCCGCCUUUACCUCGCAUUCGGCCGCAUCUUCGCCACACCGCAUCAAGCCCGGCCAGACCGACCACAGCGAAAACGGAGCGCGAUCCUGG